UAAGUGACUAGCUUUGACAGGUUGAGCUAUAAGCGGUCGAGUAGAUUGCUAGGGCAUCAAUACAAGCAUGUUCGCACGAUCAUUGCGGAGUACGGUCGCAUCCACUUCUAGACUGCAUCUAGAAUCUGCAUUGCCCAGAAAUACCUUGCUCAGAUCACAAGCUACAUCCGUGCUAUCGAACGGAUAUGCGACAAAGUCAGAAUCUGAACCAGAACCUAAACCAAGAGCUAAGCCGGGACCCAAGCCAAAGGCUAAACCGGGACCCAAACCGAAGAAAGCAUCAGCCAAAUCUGGAAAAAAGGCAAAGGUGGAAGGAAAACAAACCGAAGAGCAGCCACUUGACGACAGCAUAGGCAAUGAAGAAGACAAUAUCAAUUCGAAGACAAAAGAUGUAAAUUUCGACAACUCGUCACCUGAAGAUUUGACAUUGACUUCCUUAUCCAAAAGCACACUGAAUACAAUCGGAGACGGUCAUGUCGAAUUUAAUAGAACAUUUGGAGAUAGGAAAUCGCAACAUGCUGAUUCUGUAGAACAAAGAGCUGUUAGUAAAGUCAUUCCAAAUCCAUCACAUAAAGAUUAUCCAUACGUGCCAAAGCCGCCAGUAUGGGAUAAAAUUUUCUACAAAGUGAAUGGAAUCAAUACCCGUCAUCGAAUGUUCAUCUCCAAUGUCGAAACGGCCAAAAAUGUCGUCAAAGCUUUGGAACUGGACAAGCAGAGAGAAGCAUCCGGAGAAAGAAUCACUGUGAUAGAGGGAUAUCCUGGUAUAGGAUCAUUAUCAAGAGAAUUAUGCAACCAUGAAGCUGUAGAAAAAGUGAUUGCAUUUGAAGAUCAUGCAUCUUUCAAUAAAGCAUUGCGAAAUUUAAAAGAUAACGAACCGCAAGCAGCGGAGAAGCUGGAUGUGUUGCCGCUAUCUUGCUUUCAAUGGGAAUCUUUUGAUCAAGUAGUCGGUUUAGGUGGUUUGGACAACAUACCUGGUGUACGGGAAGAGCGAAAACGUCAACCAGAUUACAAGGAUGGAAUAUUUGCCGGUGAUUCGUGGAAAAAGCCAUCUUCUUUAUUAUUCCUUGCUCAAUUGCCAAAUACCGUUCACAGUGAACAACUUGUCUCGCAACUCUUACGUUCGAUCAGCAAUCGGUAUUGGUUGUACAGACAUGCGAGGGUACGUAUGGCAUUCAUCUGUUCCCAACAGAUGGCCGAACGCUGUAUGGCCCAAGUCUCGGAUCGCUUAUAUGGCAAAUUAACAUUGGUGGCAGGGGCAAUGGCAGAUUGUACGGUGGCAUUGGAUUCAAGCCAUUUUAAACCGUAUGCUGAACAUUUUUGGCCGUCAAAGCCUGCAGUAGGACCUCAAACGCCAAUUACCGUUCAUCUAGGAUCGAUUAAAGAUCACAGACAGCAAGCCACUCCAGCAAAGACGGAUCAAUGCUUAUUGAUACUUGAACCAAGAGUGAAACCUUUGAUAGAAGGUAGUUCGGAAUUGGAAUCGUUUGAUUAUAUAACGAAGAAUCUUUUCAUCUUACGAUCUUCACAUGUGAAGAAAGCUUUGGCUCAUAUCGCGCCUGGAGCAGAUAACAUCCUUGAUGCGAUGAAUUCAGGUAAACAUCCAGCAAUGCAAGAGAUUGGCAAUGUUACAAUCGAUCCAAAAACAAUCGUUUCAAAGCUUACGCUAACGCAACUUAUUGGCUUAUCCAAAAUGUUUGAUAGAUGGCCUUUCCGUCCUGCAAAUCUCUUUGAUGAGGGCAGAAUAGAAGAGAUUGCUGAACAUAGAAAUAACAAUAGAUAAUGUACUAUAAUAAUUCAUUCAUCAU